UGGAUCGAGCUUGAACUUAAAUUGAGCAUCAAGCUGUGCUAGUUUACUACUCUGAACGGACCGAUCAUGGCCCCAGCAUCAGAUCCCUGCUCUUUCUCCUCUUACACCAAAUGCGCCACCAAACAUCUGAACUUGACCUACCACGUGGAUUUUGACAGCCAUGUUCUCAAGAGCAAAGUCGCUCUUACUAUUGAGGUCUUGGAGGACACAUUCACGUCUCUGACUCUUGAUUCCCGGGACCUGAAGAUCUCCGCGGUGACUGCCAAUGGCCAGCCUGCUAAGUUCUCCCUGGGACCGCAGCACAGCUUCAAGGGCUCCCCGUUGGAGAUAACACUGCCCUUUGAGCUCUCCAGGGGUCAGCAUGUGAUUGUUGAAGUGACCUACGAGACAUCUCCGAAGGCGUCGGCUCUGCAGUGGCUCACUCCUACUCAGACUGCCGGCAAGAAACACCCCUAUCUUUUCAGCCAGUGCCAGGCCACCCACUGCAGAAGUAUGGUUCCUUGUCAGGAUACACCUUCAGUGAAACACACCUAUUAUGCUCAGGUGUCUGUGCCCAAAGAGUUGGUGGCUGUGAUGAGUGCCAUGCGUGAUGGACAGGAGGCUGAUCCCCAUGACAACAGCAGGAUCAUCUACCGCUUCAGGCAGCCGGUGCCCAUGCCCUCCUACCUCAUUGCCAUUGUGGUUGGUGCCCUGGAGAGCAGGGAGAUCGGUCCCCGCACCAGGGUGUGGUCUGAGAAAGAGUACGUUGAUCUGGCAGCGUUUGAGUUCUCAGAGACGGAGUCCAUGCUGAAGACUGCGGAGUCUCUGGCAGGGCCGUAUGUGUGGGGUCAGUAUGACGUGCUGGUGCUGCCGCCAUCUUUCCCCUACGGCGGAAUGGAGAACCCCUGCCUUACUUUCGCCACGCCCACCCUACUGGCUGGGGACAAAUCCCUGUCUAACGUCAUUGCUCACGAGAUCUCGCACAGCUGGACAGGAAACCUAGUGACCAAUAAGACCUGGGAGCACUUCUGGCUGAAUGAGGGCCACACUGUAUAUCUGGAGAGAAUGAUUGGCAGGUGCCUGGAGAACGAGCAGUUCAGACAGUUCAAAGCCAUGGGGGGCUGGAAAGACCUGCAGGAGUCUGUGAACACGUUUGGCGCCAACAGCCCCCUGACUAACCUGGUGCCUGACCUAAACGAGGUGGACCCCGACGUAGCCUUCUCUUCCGUGCCUUACGAGAAGGGAUUCGCUCUGCUCUACCAUCUGGAGGAGCUCAUGGGAGGACCAGAGGUGUUCAUGGGCUUUGUGAAGUCCUACAUCCAGCUGUUUGCCUACAGCAGUGUGACCACGGAGGAGUGGAAGAACUACCUCUUCACCUACUUCAAGGACAAGGUGGAUAUCCUGAAUAAGGUGGACUGGAAUGCCUGGAUGCACACACCUGGGAUGCCCCCAGUCAAGCCACAGUAUGACACCACCAUGGCAGACGCCUGCAUCGCCCUCUGCCAGAAAUGGAUCAAGGCCAAAGAGGGGGACCUGUCUGGCUUCAGUGCUGCAGAUGUGAAGACCCUGUCCUCUCAUCAGGUCAUCGAGUUCCUGUCUCUGCUGCUGCUAGAGGAACCCCUUCCUCUGUCCCACGUGAAGAGGAUGCAGGAGGUGUACGACCUGAAUGCCGUCAAGAACUCUGAGAUCCGUGCCAGAUGGCUGCGUCUGUGUGUGAAGUCUCACUGGGAGGAGGCUGUGUCCUUGGCACUGAAGAUGGCCACAGAGCAGGGGAGGAUGAAGUUCACACGGCCUCUCUUCCGGGAGGUGUACACCUGGGAUAAGCACCGUGAGCUGGCUGUGAAGACCUUCCUGGAGACGCGCGCCGCCAUGCACCCGGUGACCGCCAUGCUGGUGGCCAAAGACCUGAAGGUGGACCAGACCCAGAGCACCGGCCUGUAAAGUUCCACACAGGUGCCGCACGGGGGACCGCUCUUUGUUUCCGACAUCCCAUUAUUCCGACGACUCAGUAGUCCGACAAAAUGGCCGUUGGCCUGACAGCCCGUUAAUUCCGAUGACCCAAAGCCCAGUGCUCCGGUGAACUAUUGAGUGGUUGGAAUAAUGCAGUGUGGGAACAAUGACAUGGCCUCCACACAGCCCUUGAUGCAGGGUGGGUCAACCAUGGAUGUGCCCCCCAAAACAAGCUCUUAUUUACCCUGGUGCUUUCUUUUCAUGUUUGGCCAACGAAAAAAAAAUAUGUGCGCUUUUCUUAAUUAUGCAUCAGCCACUCACUGGCAUCACUUACACACACCUCUCUUCCACACCCACACCCACACAGACAGACGCGCAACAUGUCAGCAGACACAUACGCACAGUAGUUAACAAUUGGUGCACACACAGUAUUAAGCGAUAUCAACAAAAUCAACACAUUGCCUCCUCAGUAUGAAUGAAAUGGAAUGUCCACCUUUUUGGUUUCACAUGUUAAGUUCCCAAACAUGCGGGGUACUGAUAAACCUCAAGUGUGUGUGUGUGUUUGCUUGAUGGAGGUUCAGUAUCUCAGGGCAGACUCCUCUGUUUUCAGUGUUAUCACAGAGCCUUGUGUCUGGCUUUUUAUUUUUUAAACUGAGUAACUGUCCAAAAUGUGGCAUUCUGUUUCUAGCAUUUUUUUUAAAACUGAGCAUCUGUCAAAAAUGAAUAAAAAUAAAAUACUGUCCGU